CCUGCUCCGUCUUCUGCGCUGUCGACGAAGAAUGGCCGCCGCUGCAGCAGGAAUAAACAAGCAGGGCGCCGUAGCGACGAUGGAGCCCUGCAUCCGACACGGGAGGGGAGCCAGUGGAAACACGGUUAAGGUGCUGGAGUGUGGCGUGUGUGAGGACGUCUUCUCUCUCCAAGGGGACAAGGUCCCUCGUCUGUUGCUCUGCGGUCACACAGUGUGCCAUGAUUGUCUCACCCGGUUGCCCCUCCACGGCAGAGCGGUCCGCUGCCCCUUUGACAGACAGGUCACUGAGCUGGGAGACUCUGGAGUUUGGGGUCUGAAGAAGAACUUUGCUCUGCUGGAACUCUUGGAGCGACUCCAGAAUGGAGCCUCUAAUCAGUCGGGAAUGGCGGAGGAUGCUCUGAAAGGCAUGGGAGAAUGCAUAAUACGGUGCGACGAGGACGAGAGCCACACAGCCUCCAUGUACUGCACCGUGUGCGCCACCCACCUGUGUGCCGAGUGCUCCCAGCUCACCCACUCCACCCGCACUCUGGCCAAACACCGCCGGGUGCCGCUGGCCGACAAGCCUCACGAGAAGACCCUGUGCCCGCAGCAUCAGGUCCACGCCAUCGAGUUUGUGUGCCUGGAGGAGGCCUGUCAGUCCGGGCCUCUCAUGUGCUGCGUGUGCAAGGAGUACGGCAAGCACCAGGGACAUAAGGUGCACGCUGUUCUCGAGACCGAAGCAAAUCAGAUCCGUGCGUCCAUUUUGGACAUGGCCCACUGCAUCCGCACCUUCACAGACGAGGUGUCCGAGUACUCGAGGAAGCUGGUCGGCAUCGUGCAGCAGAUAGAAGGCGGGGAGCAAAUAGUAGAGGAUGGGGUCGGCAUGGCGCACACUGAACAUGUCCCUGGCACAGCGGAGAGCGCACGCUCCUGUGUCCGGGCUUACUUCGCCGACCUCCACGAGACUCUGUGUCGGCAGGAGGAAAUGGCGCUGAGCGUGGUGGACGCUCAUGUCAGGGAGAGGCUGAUCUGGCUGAGGCAGCAGCAGGAGGACAUGACCAUCCUGCUGUCUCAGGUGUCCACCGCCUGCCUGCACUGUGAGAAAACACUGCAGCAGGAUGACUGCAGAGUCGUGCUGGCAAAGCAGGAGAUCAGCUGUUUGCUGGAGACCCUACAGAAGCAGCAGCACCAGUUCACUGAGCUGGCAGAUCACAUCCAGCUGGAUGCUGGCAUCCCCGUCACCUUCACCAAGGACAACCGGGUCCACAUUGGUCCAAAGAUGGAGAUCCGUGUUGUGACCUUGGGGCUCGACGGCGCCGGGAAAACCACCAUCCUCUUCAAGCUGAAACAAGAUGAGUUCAUGCAACCCAUCCCAACUAUCGGUUUCAAUGUGGAGACAGUUGAAUAUAAGAACUUGAAAUUCACCAUCUGGGAUGUGGGUGGAAAACAUAAGCUCAGACCUCUCUGGAAACACUACUACCUGAACACUCAAGCGGUGGUGUUCGUGAUCGACAGCUGCCACAGAGACAGACUCAUGGAGGCUCACAGUGAGCUGGCCAAACUACUGACGGAGAAGGAGCUGAGAGACGCCCUGCUGCUCAUCUUUGCAAACAAACAGGACGUCCCCGGCGUCGUCUCGGUGGAGGAGAUGACGGAGCUGCUGAGCCUCCACAAGCUGUGCUGCGGGAGGAGCUGGCACAUCCAGGGCUGCGACGCCCGCAGCGGGAUGGGCCUCCACGAGGGCUUGGAUUGGCUCUCCAGGCAGCUGGUGGCUGCUGGCGUCCUGGACGUGGCCUAAGUGAAACCUCCCUGUCCUUACUGACUCUCCCCCUAAACAACCCCCCCCACCCCCAACCCCCACCCCCAGCCUCUUCACCAGUUCUCUUACAACUUCCGAGUAUUAAAAUUUAAGACAGCACCGCGGCUUUAAGCCCUCUCUCGUCAUCUUUCCCUCUUUGUGCACCGAGAAAACACAGAUGUAAAUACUCUCUAGGCUCAUUUAAUGGGAACAUGGAAAAUAAUAACUAUCUAAGUCUGUCCUACUGCGAACAAACUCCCAUCCUGCUUCAUUUCUAAGGCAGCUUACACCGUCUAACGUUAGUUUCUCUUCGUUCUAACCCUUUCAGGAGACGACGCUGUUUAUCCGGUAUCUAUAACUAGUCGACUUAGGUCCAUUCAAAUGUUAGAAAUGCUCCUUGUGCCCUGACAGAGUGAACUGUAUCUGUAUUUUCUGUCUCACAUGUUAUUCACCACGACCACAGCCACCACCACAGGCGACGGUAAUCUCAACUAAAAAUGCAGAGCAGUCCGUAUCGUAACGACAGCAUCGUUUUGUUUGCGCAGAUCAUCGUGAAAAUGCCCCUUUAGUUGGAUCCAGUUUAUCUGCAGGCGAGUGGGGGGGGGGGGCGUUCACUACAGGUAAUAUAAUAAUAAACCCAGAGGACUUCCAGUGAUGGAGAAAUGUUCAGAUUCUUGGCCUUGUCAUCUAAUGUAAGCAAUAGCAGCUGAUGUCUUUUAAGUUGUGUGUUCAAGUUUUGGUUUUUUUUUUU